CCAGUGCACCCCAGCUUUCCUCGUCGCCUCCUGUUACUUGUGAUUGUUGACAACUACCUUACUUACGGCUAUCAACACAUCUCCUGCAUUCGCUCCUUGUGAUAUCAAUCGGCCAGCCGUUUUGAAUCGCGCAAUCACCCUACUUUGCUUUCCCCGCUAGCUACACCUGCAACAAUACUACAUAAUGUCGGCUCAGAACUCAGCUGGUAUCCAGACCCUCCUGGACGCAGAGAGAGAAGCUUCCAAGAUUGUGCAAAAAGCCCGCGAGUUCCGUACGAAGCGGGUGAAGGAAGCCCGAGACGAGGCCAAGAAGGAAAUCGAGGCGUACCGCAACUCUAAGGAGGAUGAGUUCAAGAAGUUCGAAUCUGAGCACUCCCAAGGAAAUAAAGCAGCCGAGGAUGAGGCGAACAAGGAGGCAGAAGGAAAGAUCAAGGAGAUCCAGGGGGCCGGAAAGAAGAGCCAGGACAAGGUCGUAGCUGAUCUCCUGAAGGCCGUUUUCGAGGUGAAGCCUGUCGCCCCGACUGCCGCAUGAGCCUUUAUCAGCAUUCUUCAUAAUAUCGAAGCACAUUGAUAACGAGCGCAUCGGACACGCUAUGCGCAGCAUACGAAUAGAAAUGAAGCCAGCGCUUUUGUCCUGGGCGAGAAGAGGAUGAUGAGGACGCGUUCACAAAUUGCCGAUGAUGCGCGAAGCCGGGACAGCAGACUGAAGCGCAAGUUGUUUCCGCGGUAUGACCAGAACUUUGGAGAGUCGCACCUACAUAGAUCGGGUAGCUGUAGUAAAAUUGUACUUUGCUA